GCUAGAUUGAGCCAAGAGCUAACGGCUUUCUGAGCUUCCCAAAUCGCUGAGGGGCUGAGAAACGCGCCCCGGCGUCCUUGACGCCACGUUGGCCUCUGCUUUGGGUCCAUGCCUGCGCUCUCUCAGUAACCCCGCCUCUGGCUGCGCGACUCGCCGCUCGGUGACUGGGAAGAAAGCACGUGGCGCAGCGCUUGUCGCGGGCUCGCGCCCGGCCGAGGGAGGUUCCCUGGCGUGGCGGACCCUCUGUCCCCUCAGAGACCCUAGCUGCUCCGGCCUCCCCUGCCCGACUGUCCCGGCGCUGGCUGGCGUCGCGCUCGGCCGUCACCUGUGCAGAGCGGCUCUUCCCCGCCGCGCCCCCCGCGGGAGGAGACUCGGCAACAUGUCACCCGCCUUCCAAGAGCUGUCGCAAUCCGCAGAUAUGAAGAAAACUCCACAGCAUGAAAUUGAAGCCAUUCUGCAGAAGAGGAUUAUGGUGCUGGAUGGAGGGAUGGGGACCAUGAUCCAACAGUACAAACUCACUGAAGAACACUUCCGAGAUCAAGAAUUUAAAGACCAUGCCAGGCCUUUGAAAGGCAACAAUGACAUUUUAAGUAUAACUCAACCUGAUAUCAUUUACCAGAUCCAUAAGGAAUACUUGCUGGCUGGGGCAGAUAUCAUUGAGACAAAUACUUUUAGCAGCACUAGGAUUGCCCAAGCUGACUACGGCCUUGAACAUUUGGCCUACAGGAUGAACAAGUGCUCUGCGGGAGUGGCCAGAAAAGCUGCUGAGGAGAUGACCCUCCAGACAGGAAUUAAGAGAUUUGUAGCAGGAGCUCUGGGUCCAACUAAUAAGACACUCUCUGUGUCUCCAUCUGUGGAAAGACCAGAUUAUAGGAACAUCACAUUUGAUGAGCUUGUUGAAGCAUACCAGGAGCAGGCCAGAGGUCUUCUGGAUGGUGGGGUUGACAUCUUACUCAUUGAAACUAUUUUUGAUACUGCCAAUGCCAAGGCAGCCUUGUUUGCACUACAGCAACUUUUUGAAGAGAAGUAUACUCCCCGGCCUAUCUUUAUUUCAGGGACGAUUGUUGACAAAAGUGGACGGACUCUUUCUGGACAGACUGGGGAGGCAUUUGUCAUCAGUGUGUCUCAUGCAGACCCACUCUGCAUUGGAUUAAAUUGUGCUCUGGGUGCAGCUGAAAUGAGACCUUUUAUUGAAACAAUUGGAAAAUGUACCACAUCCUAUAUCAUCUGUUAUCCCAAUGCAGGUCUCCCAAACACCUUUGGUGACUAUGAUGAGACACCUUCCAUUAUGGCUGCACACCUUAAGAACUUUGCUAUGGAUGGCUUGGUCAAUAUAGUUGGUGGAUGCUGUGGUUCAACACCAGCUCAUAUCAGGGAAAUUGCUGAAGCUGUGAAAAAUUGUAAGCCUAGAAUUCCACCUGCCACUGUUUUUGAAGGAUACAUGUUACUCUCUGGUCUAGAGCCCUUCAGGAUUGGACCGUACACCAACUUUGUUAACAUUGGAGAGCGCUGUAACGUUGCAGGAUCAAGGAAGUUUGCUAAACUCAUCAUGGCAGGAAACUAUGAAGAAGCCCUGAGUAUCGCUAAAUUGCAGGUGGAAAUGGGAGCCCAGGUGCUGGAUAUCAACAUGGAUGAUGGCAUGCUAGACGGUCCGAGUGCAAUGACCAGAUUUUGCAACUUAAUUGCUUCUGAACCUGACAUCGCCAAGGUGCCCUUGUGCAUUGAUUCUUCCAAUUUUGCUGUGAUCGAGGCUGGGUUGAAGUGCAGCCAAGGGAAGUGCAUUGUUAACAGCAUUAGUCUGAAGGAGGGAGAGGAUGACUUCUUGGAGAAGGCCAGGAAGAUUAAGAAAUUUGGAGCUGCUGUUGUGGUCAUGGCUUUUGAUGAAGAAGGACAGGCAACAGAAACAGAUGUCAAAAUCAGAGUGUGCACUCGGGCCUACCAUCUACUUGUGAAAAAACUGGGCUUUAAUCCAAAUGAUAUCAUUUUUGACCCCAAUAUCCUCACUAUUGGUACUGGGAUGGAAGAACACAACUUGUAUGCUAUUAAUUUUAUCAAUGCAACAAAAGUUAUUAAAGAAACCUUACCUGGAGUCAGAAUAAGUGGGGGUCUUUCCAACUUGUCCUUCUCCUUCCGAGGAAUGGAAGCCAUUCGAGAAGCAAUGCAUGGCGUUUUCCUUUACCAUGCAAUCAAGUUUGGUAUGGACAUGGGGAUAGUGAAUGCUGGAAACCUCCCUGUGUAUGAUGAUAUCCAUAAGGAACUCCUCCGGCUCUGUGAAGACCUCAUCUGGAAUAAAGACCCUGAGGCCACUGAGAAGCUCUUACGUUAUGCCCAGACUCAGGGCAAAGGUGGGAAAAAAGUUAUCCAGACUGAUGAGUGGAGGAAUAGUCCCAUUGAAGAGCGCCUUGAGUAUGCCCUCGUCAAGGGCAUUGAAAAAUAUAUUAUUGAAGAUACAGAGGAAGCCAGAUUAAAUCAGGAAAAAUAUCCCCGACCCCUGAAUAUAAUUGAAGGCCCGCUGAUGAAUGGCAUGAAAGUUGUUGGUGAUCUUUUUGGAGCUGGAAAAAUGUUUCUACCUCAGGUUAUAAAGUCAGCUCGUGUCAUGAAGAAGGCUGUUGGCCACCUUAUCCCCUUCAUGGAACAAGAAAGAGAGGCUAACAGAGGACUUAAUGACGCUGCAGAAGAAGAGGAUCCUUACCAAGGCACCAUUGUGCUGGCUACUGUUAAAGGUGAUGUGCAUGACAUAGGCAAGAACAUUGUUGGAGUCGUCCUUGGCUGCAAUAAUUUCAGAGUUAUUGAUUUAGGAGUCAUGACUCCCUGUGAUAAAAUACUGAAAGCUGCUCUUGACCACAAAGCAGAUAUAAUUGGCCUGUCAGGACUCAUCACUCCUUCCCUGGAUGAAAUGAUUUUUGUUGCCAAGGAAAUGGAGAGAUUAGCUAUAAAGAUUCCAUUAUUGAUUGGAGGAGCAACCACCUCUAGAACUCACACGGCAGUUAAAAUAGCUCCAAGAUACAGUGCUCCUGUAAUCCAUGUCCUGGAUGCAUCCAAGAGUGUGGUGGUGUGUUCUCAACUGUUGGAUGAAAAUCUAAAGGAUGACUACUUUGAGGAAAUCAUGGAAGAAUAUGAAGAUAUUAGACAAGACCAUUAUGAGUCUCUCAAGCAGGAGAGAAGAUACUUACCCUUAAGUCAAGCUAGAAAAAAUGCUUUCCAGAUUGAUUGGCUGUCUGAACCUCACCCAGUGAAGCCCACGUUUAUCGGGACCCAGGUCUUUGAAGACUAUGACCUGCAGAAGCUGGUGGACUACAUUGACUGGAAGCCUUUCUUUGAUGUUUGGCAGCUCCGGGGCAAGUACCCGAAUCGUGGCUUUCCCAAGAUAUUUAACGACAAAACAGUAGGUGAAGAGGCCAGAAAGGUCUAUGAUGAUGCCCAGAACAUGCUAAACACACUGAUUAGUCAAAAGAAACUCCAAGGCAGGGGCAUCGUUGGAUUCUGGCCAGCACAGAGUGUCCAAGAUGAUGUCCACCUGUAUGCAGAGGAUGCAGUGCCCCAGGCAGCAGAGCCCAUAGCCACCUUCUAUGGGUUGAGGCAACAGGCUGAGAAGGACUCUGCCAGCACUGACCCGUACCACUGCCUCGCGGACUUCAUUGCUCCUUUACAUUCUGGAAUCCGUGACUACCUGGGCCUGUUUGCUGUUGCCUGCUUUGGGGUGGAAGAGCUGAGCAAGGCCUAUGAAGAUAAUGGUGAUGACUACAGCAGCAUCAUGGUCAAGGCACUGGGGGAUCGGCUGGCAGAGGCCUUUGCAGAAGAGCUCCAUGAAAGGGUUCGCAGAGAAUUGUGGGCUUACUGUGGCAGUGAGCAGCUGGAUGUUGCAGACCUGCGCAGGCUACGGUAUGAGGGCAUCCGCCCAGCUCCUGGCUACCCUAGCCAGCCUGACCACACUGAGAAGCUCACCAUGUGGAGACUUGCCAACAUCGAGGAGUCCACAGGCAUUAAGCUAACAGAAUCAUUAGCCAUGACACCUGCUUCAGCGGUAUCAGGUCUCUACUUCUCCAACUUGAAGUCCAAAUAUUUUGCUGUGGGGAAAAUUUCCAAAGAUCAGAUUGAGGAUUAUGCUCUGAGGAAGAACAUGUCUGUGGCUGAGGUUGAGAAAUGGCUUGGACCCAUUCUGGGAUAUGAUACAGACUAACUUUUUUUUUUUUUUUUUUAACUUUUCUAUACUUGAUGAUCCAUAAGGAAAUAUAAAUCCAUAGUGCCUUAAAAACCAUGAGUAACAAUGAGCCUGUGUACCUUGGGUUAACAGUGCCCUGCUGCUGCCUUUGGAAGACUUUGGUGUAACACUUUAGGGGCAGCAGGAUCUUCCUAUAGUAUCUGGAAAACAAGUUCUGUUCUUGGGGGAUCUUGAAUGAAGAGCAGCAAGCAAAGCUCUGAUGGUGUCUCUGCUCCCUUGGGACAGGCUGGAGCUGGAGGUCUUUUGCAUUUCAAAGCAAGUCAGCCUACUUUUUUCCAUUUUUACCUUGGAUCUAAGCAGCCACUUAUUUCUCUUUUUUAUUUUUUCUUAGGAAAGAAAGCCUGAAACUCAGUUGAAUAGAGAAUUGUAUAGAGAAAUGUGACCCUGUGGCAAAAUGACACUGUGUGAGAAAUGGGGCAUUUUAAUCUAAGUGGUUACAACUGAAGACUCUGACAGGCAAGAAAGUACAACCCUGCUCUCUCUCCCUGGAAGACCUCAUUUUCUAAAGGCUCGAUUAAAUGGUUGCAGAACUCCCUUUGGCAAAAAGUAUGCUCUCACUGCUUGCCUGUCAGAAAUACUCACACUGUUUGCCCUAGUGUGGUCAAGUACAGCCAGGUUCUCUCCAAGCAUUUUGUCCUCCCAUAGUUUCAUAUUCCCCUGCCCUAAGAGGGAGAAAAAAAUGAGAUAGGGACAGAGAGUGUUUGCUAUGGGUGGUUAACAUCUUUUAGUCAUUUUCAGAAUUUAGCAGGUUCUUGGCUGAGCUGUGGUGUCAUGUACAGAAUUGGACAGGUGGACAUUGUAAUGCCACUCAGUUCUUCAUUUCUCUGUUGUCCCAGCUCUAAACUUAGACAGUUGAAGAAUAGCUCACUGAUUUGUGUUUUAAGGGAAAUUAUUAAGAACAUGGACUUUGAAGUCAGACAUACUUAGAUUCAGGUUUCAGCUUUGCCACUUAAAUACCGAGUGAAGUUGGUAAAUUCCUUAAGCUUCCCAACACCAUUUUCUCAUGUGCAAAAUGAUAACAGUGCUAUUAGUCUGUAUCUUACGGCAUGAGCUGCAGGUUAAACAAUGAUGCCCAGGACAUUUAACAUGGUAUCUGGUAAACAGUAUCUGCUUAAUAAAUGGAAGCUUCUGUAGAGCUCUGUUGGUGGCCCCUCAGACUCAGAGCAUAGUAGGAGCUCAUGGAAACGAAUAUAAGAGAUCAGUGGAUUUGAAAAAACAGUGGGGAAAUGCAUGUCGUCAUGACUAGAUUGAAUAUGCUAGGUACCAUUCUUUUUAGGAUUAAAAUACGAUAUAACACUGACUGGGACAGAGAAGCUACCUCCUAUGCCACCAACACCAUUGAUGCUCAUUGGAGUGACCACCCUUCUCCCUCACCUCUUGUGAUAUAUACCUGCCUUGCCCUGAGAGCAGUAAUAUCAGCUGUGCAUGCAGGCACAGUGGAGGGAAAGGGGGAAAAAGAACUUGGGAAGUGGCCAUUCUACAUAUCCAUAGUGGAUAUACAUUUUUCUUGCAGAAUAGCAUGCAUUUUCAGCAUUGCUUGCCCUUAAGAAUUGUGUUCUGUCUUUCGUACAUUUAACUUGUGCUGAAUAGAGACUUGAACCUCAUGUCCUGAGACACUUCUUUGGUGGAUUUGUCUUAGUUGAUGCCUCUUGCAUGGCAAAUAUGUUAUUUAGAUGUUGUUACAUUCUUCUAUGAGAAGAAAUAACUUCAAAUAUCUUAGUGUGUUUUAUCUGAACGGUAACUAGGAGUCUCCUGAUUUCAUUAAAUAUUUAUAAUAUCUUUUCUUGGCUGGUUGUGAGAUGGAAUGAUUUCCUUAAGUGGGUUGUUUUAAUCACAAUUUGAAUAUCUUUUUUCUUAAAAACAAAAGCAGUUUGUGCAAGUCCACAUACCUAUAUAUUAAUGAACAAAGAUGAACUACAACUUGAAAACAUCCUCCUUGGUUUAUUUUAGGUAUGCCAGAAAUACAGAACUUUGAAAGCAGGUAGUAAACUUUCUGAACCCAGGGUCUUCACACUGGUGAUUGCACACCCAGAACCUGUCUGUAUCAUCAUCUGUGACUGUGACAUAAACUUACUCUCUUUGCUUCCAGGUUUGUUUUUAUUUUUCUCUCUAAAGAAACAUAUUUGGAAUCAUACCUACUCUGUUGCUUCUUCUGCAGUCUGUACUGAGAAGGUUGAUUUGUGGGGUGAUGGUUGAGAUCAGGGUUUAUUACACCCUAUUUCCCCUUUGCACUCCUAUGCUAGAGGCCAUCCUCCAUGCACAGGUGAACUCAGAGUGUAGUUAACCUGCUUUAAUUUCUCUUAGGCAUGCCCUCAGUGAGUAUCUGAGUGCCUGCCUUCCGCCAGUUACCUUCUCCCAUUCUCUCCCUAAUCCAGUGAAGUUAGGUUUCUAUACCCAUCCUUCCUGGUACCAAUGACUUCUAUUUAUUAGAUCCAGUGGACUUUCUGAUGCCUAGCUUUUUAAUUUUUUCUCUGUGAUUUUGGACAGUAUUAACCCCUUAAAAACCCUCCUUUCCCCAUUCUCCUUGACAGUAAUCUGUUGGUUAACCUUCCACGUUUCUGAUAAGUUCAUAGCCCUUUUCAUGGUUUUCUCUUGUUCUACUCACUUGUAUCUUCAUGUCCCUGAAGAUUUGCCAUUAGUUGCUUUAUUAGUCUGGAUAGUGUCAGUGGGCAGUCUCAUCCAGUCAUCAUCUCCAGGGAGCUCCAUCUGGAUUCUUGUCUGUUGAAGAACAUAAUUUAUAAUCCAGCAGCUCCUCCAGGAGGAUGUGCAGACAUCACAAAGCCAUCGUACCCCAAGCCACUGUCAUCUUAUUUUUCUUCAAUUCUUGAUGUAUGCAAUAAUAAAUAAUGGUACCACCACCUAAGUAGCAACCUCAGGCUCACCCUAUAUCUUUCCUGGAGUAUUACAGUUAUCUCAAAAACUGGCACAAUAAAAACAUACUUAUUCUAUGUUAGCUGGGUUGGUGGUAGACAUACUCAGGGAAAGCAGUAGUUGAGACCUGAUUUGGGACUUGAAGGGUAUAGAUCAAGAAGCAGGAAGGGUGGGGGGAUGCAAAGAAAAAACAGUCUAUUAGGGAUUAAUGAGGUAUCCUGUCUCCCCAAAUUGAUCUGUAGGUUUAAUGCCAUUUCCAACAGAAAUUCCAACAGAGCUUAUGGUAACAUGCAGAUAUUUAAGUUUAUGUGGAACAGCAAAAAACUAAGAAUGGCCAAAUGUUUCUAAGAAUGUAGAAGCUGAAGGAACUUAAGCGAUAAUUAAGUUUUGUUGGGGGUUGGUAUAAUACCUGUUUAUAGAGGUAGGCGAUCUGAAUGGUGGAACAAAAUGAGGAGCCUGGAAACUAACCCGUGCAUAUGUUGACCUUUGCCAUGAAAGUGGCUUGGCACUUGAGUGGGGACAAAAUAGUAGCAGUACGGGAUCCUCCAUGGGGGGAAAAUAAAUUCCAUUUUUGAGCAACAUCAAUUCCAAGAGUUUUAGCACAAAAAGCAAAAGUUGUAAAUGUGUUAAAAAAAUCACUUUUGAGCAGGAAAGAAUCUUUUGAGACAUAAAGCAGUGCCCAUGAAAGAAAUGAUAAUUAAAUCAGCUCUUAAAACUGAGGACUUAACAUUAAGCAAAUCAACAAUUUAAGUGAGAAGAUAGGCUAUGACUUGAGAAUACCUAUGUAGAAGACAAAUAAUAUAGAGAGAAUUUGUGUUUUAAAAAAUUCAUAGAAAACAUUGGAAGAGGCAUUUCACAGAAGAGAAAAUAUCUAGGGAUUAUAAACUAGUAGAAAGAUAUCCCACAGCAUUUGUGAUCGUUAAAAUAUGAGUCGAGAUCACAAUGAGAUUCUAUUGUACAUCCUGCAGACUUUGCAAACUUUGGAUCCAACAGUACCAGGUGUUAAAGAAGAUCUAUGGGAACUCCAUUUGUUGUUACAGGUGUGGGUGUAUAAAUCAUGGCUUUAGUAAAUUAUACUUCAAAGCUGGAAGUUUGCAGCCCUAAUGAUCUAGCUUCUGAAUUCCAGUUGUGUCUAAUAGAUUUGCAUGUGGCCUCCAGGUGGUAUGUGCAAGAAUAUUGAUAGUAAUAUAUUCAUAAAGGUUAUUGGAAAAUGAAAUAUAUAUUUGGAUACAAUAUAAUGGGUAAAAAAAUUAGGUAUAUUCACCCUAAGGGAUAUUCAGUAGUGAAAAUUAGGAACUACUUUAUACCUCACAAUAAGGAUGAAUCUCAGAAAAUAUUAUGGGGGGCCCAGCACUUUGGUGUAGUGGGUAAAGCCGAUGCCUGCAGUGCUGGCAUCAUCUGGGUGCCAGUUCAAGACCUGCCUGCUCUUCUUCUGAUCCAGCUCUCUGCUAUGGCCUGGGAAAGCAGUAGAAGAUGGCCCAAAAGCUCGGGCCUCUGCACCCUCGUGAGGAACCCUAAAGAAGCUCCUGGCUUCAGAUCGCCCAUCUUCAGCCAUUGCAACCAUUUGGGGAGUGAACCAGUGGAUCUCUUGUUUUUUCUCUCUCUCCCUCUGCCUCUCUGUAACUCUGCCUUUCAAAUAAAUAAAUAAAUCUUUAAAAUAAAUAUUAAGGGAAAACACCCAAGUUCCAGGAGACCACAUAUUGUAUGGUACUAUUUUUAUUGAGCUCAAAAACAAGCUAAACCAAAGAAUGUAUUGUCUUAAGUAUACAUAUGUGAUAAAGCUAUGUUGUAAAAAAAAAAAGCAACAGUAAUAAACCAAUGUUUAGCAUAGUUGAUUCCCUAUGGAAGAAGAAAGUGGAAGAGACAGAGGAACACAUAGGUUGAUGCAGGUUAUGAGGAAUGUUCUAUUUCUUAGGUGAUAGGAUUAUGUGUGUUUGCUAUAUACUGUAUUACACAUUGUAACUGUUACAUAAUGUACAAUUUUGUAUGUGUUAAAUAUGUUUGUACUUAAUGGUACUAAAUGUAUAUAUUAAAUAUAUUGUAAUAAUAAUAAAGGUAAUAUGGAAUCAUAA